CGAACCCUAAAUUUUGUGUCGCCAAGCUGCCAAAAUUUUGAGCACCGCCGCCAGCGAUAACCCUAGCGCCCGCCACCGCCGCCGCCUCCUCCUCCAUUCGUGCCAUUCGGACACAGCUCCUCCAUUCGUGCCUCCUACUCCUCCUCUCCGCCGCUGCCUCCUCCUCCUCCUCUUCGCUGCCGCCGCCGCCAGAUCCAGCUCCCACCGUCAUUCUCUCUGCCACCGCCGGGUCCUCGUCGUCCACGCCGCCUCCACCUCGGCCAGCCGCCUACACAUCGGGAGUCGCCGCCGCCGGGUCCUCGUCAUCCCCCCCCCGCCACCGCCAGGACGCCGCCGCCGCGCAGGGACUCUUUCGUCGCCGGCUCCUUUCACCAUGCCGCGGGGCAUCGUCGUUGCCGUCGCCGGGACUCGUCGUCGUGCUGGGACCUUCUCGGCCGCAUCACCGCCAGGACGCCGCCGCCGCCGCGCCUGGACUCGUCUCGUCGUCGCCGCCGCCGCAUCCUCCUCCUCUCGGCGGCCGCGCCGAGACGCCGGGCUGCCGCACCGCCACGCCGAGAAGCCCACAAGCUAAGAGGCCGAGACGCCAGGUCGUCAUCGUCGUCAUCGUCCGGCCCACCGCACCACCUCAAUCUCGUCGUCGCCGUCGCCGCAAGCCUCCAGGUAAACACACCCCCUCCUCUGCUGUGUUGAAUGUGAGAUUCUGAGAUGAAUUUUGAGAUGAAUUUUGUGCAGUGAAUCUGUGAUGAAUGUGUGAUGUGAAUCUGUGAUGAAUCUGUGGAUGUGAUGGGAUGGGAUUGAUGAAUCUGAGAUGAAUUUGUUCUGCUGCUGCACUUUGUAUAGCGAUAUCAAUAGACAAACCCACCCAAGAGCAACCCACGGGUGACAAGGGCAAGGAAACUCAGCUAGUCAUGGAGGAAGAUAUUUGCACGCAAGUAGUCGUGGAGGAAUCUUCGUUGUCUAGCUCAAGUGAACCAGGCAGUGGAUCGUAUCACUCGCCGAGUGACCCCCAUCCUUCUCUUGGAAAGAAGAGAAAGGGCGGUAGCAACAAUGAAGUUGACUCCGACUACGUUCCCCCCGAACAGGUGGUACGUAGCAUAUAAUAAUGGGUUUGUUGGAACCAUGCCACCCUAUAUUUGCAAAAUUUGAGAUAUGACACCCGUAUCUCAAUGACAUGUAGGACCCACAUGAGUCAAUGACAUGUGGGUCAGGGUGGCAUAUCACAAAUUUUGCAAAAUUUGUGUGGCAUGGUUCAAAUUGUCCCUAUAAUUAUAAUAUAUGUUUAGUUCCAAUCAUAUUAACUGCGUUCUAUGGAUUUUAAUUAAAGUCACGUUAAUUGCAAACAAUAGUUGAAUGCUCCACGUCGCUCCAAAAGGAAAGCCCAAGCCGCAACUGAACCUGAAGCUGAAGCUACAACUGUCGUGCGCACAACAGCUUUAAGCAAACCCAAGAAAAGGAGGGGCGAGCGAGGGAAGAACAUGUUGUUGAAGGAAGUAAGCGUGCUGACGCGGUUGAGUGAGACAGGGGAACCCCUGUCACCGGAAGACUCAUGUUCAAAGUAUAGCAACCAAUGUGGGGCGGUGGUCAGGGAUAUCGUGGAGAUCACAUGGAAGGAUUGGAAGAAAGUUCCAGAGAGUCGAAAGAGCAGCUGUUGGACGUCGCUGCAAAGCAAGUUUGAAUAUCCAGAGGGGACAGACGACGAUAAAGCCAAGGAUUAUGCAUUGAAAACAAUGGGGAAGCUGUGGCGAAACUGGAAAACGGACCUGAAUAAGAAAUAUGUCUAGAAGGGACUCACGCCAUUUAAGGACUACGGAAGGAUAACACGGGCCCAGUGGGAUGAGUUCGUUGCCAGAAGAUGGCUGAGCUAGCAAGAAGGAAUGAAUAUCCACAUCAUUUGGGAUCGACCGGUUACCGGCAAGCGGUGAAGAAAUGGGCAAAACAAGAUGAAGAGAUGGAGAAGGCUGGGAAACCGGUUCCUAUGAAAAAUUACAACCCACGAAGCAGGAACUGGGUGCGUGCAAGAACACCGGCCUUCAUCAGAAGCUCCAGGAGGUAGCUGUCAAUAUGAAGAACAUUGUCACGCAGCAACAGGCCGGGACGUUCGUGCCAGAUAGAGACCGGGACGAGCUGACCUAUGCCUUGGGAAAAUCAGAGCAAUCUGGCCGUGUAUGGGGAGUUUCCUCAAAGACUAACUGGAAGGAUGGAUUCAAACAGGAUGCUCAUACCUACAAGAAGCGUGAUCGCUACAAGGAAGAGAUUGACUCUCAGGCUAGGGCAGCAGCUCAUGAUGAAUGCAAUAUAUACUGGAGUCAGAAAAUGAUGCACGGUGCUGCUGUUUUAGAGCCUGAGCCGAGCUAUCCUUUUGAUGAUGUAACGGAGGAUACUCCGUGCAAGCUCUUGAUUCCGGUCGGCAGGGCGGGAAAGAAAAUACUCGUUGCAACUGGGAGGUUCAUACCAGGCCACAGGUUUCAUUGCCAAGACAUUCCGGAUGACUACGCCAAGGUAGAGGUCUGGACAGAUGCACGAGCUCGACUUUCCAACUACUGAGCAGAUUGUGUACCUUGGAAAUGUCGUCGACCAAUUCAUACUAUGGCACAAGAAUGAUAUUGAACUAGGGUCAACGGAUGGAACUGAUCGUCCACCAAGGAUACCGGUGUCACCGUCGCGUCCACCAGUCGUAGCCAGUCCGAGGGAUAGUCCUAUUGCUUCACCCCCUAGACCAGAGCCACCAGUUGCAUCAUCUCCAGGACCAGAGCCACCUGUUGCAUCACCUCCAGGACCAGAGCCUCCUGUUGCAUCACCUCGGACAGAAAAGGAUGCAGAAGAACAAUCGGUGCUUGCAAAGCAACAAUCACAGCUAGCAAUACGGGAAAUGUCUUCCGCACAACCAUCAGAGCCUGUACAAGCAAAGCCUACAAAGCUAGCGGCGGGUGAAAUUGAAGCGGUGCUUGAUCAGCCAAUGCCCGAUCAACCAGAGCAAUCGCAACCAGAGCAAUCGCAGCUAGAGGAAUCUAAGGGUGCCGAUGUGCCAGUGAUGGUAAGGACGCACAAGCACAAAGCAAAAAGUGCGUCCAAGAAAAUUAAAGGGUUCAAACAGACCUUCGAUGACUAUCUCAACUAUAUCAAUUCCCCAGACGUGCCACACGAGUUUGAGAAUGGCAAACCAUUCAUUUACGACUGGCAACUAAGAAGGUGGCACGAUUGGUACAUUAGGGUAAGCACCAUGAAAGGCAUCGAUUCAUUCACAGUUGCUGUGGGGGAGAACAUCUUCUGGAGCGGUCCUUGUCUACUCCAAGUCCAUUUCUCCGAUAUGCAUUCCCUCUACACCAAUUUGAUUGCCAUCUGGUGUCUGUUACUGCUACACUUGAACGUGUUAAUAGAUCACUACACCUGUAUGCGUAGCUCAUUUGGUCAUCCAUUGUUGGCAGGAGGAAUUACCUGGAAGCUGAAGCGAUGAAAAAGCCUGUCGCCUACCUAAACCCGUGCAGGAUAAGUAAGCCGAACCACACAUACACGCUAGACGAGAAGAAGCUACCGGAACACAUCAAGUCUAUGACUCCCGAAGAAAGGAAAGCUUACAUAGCACAAAGGCAUCAUGAAAAGGUGCUCGAUGUCACUACGUACGUAGCUAUUGCGCUUGAAUCUACGCAGGACAAGGAGUGUGUUUAUGCCCCAUAUUCCUUUGAGUAAGUUGUAAUAUAUAUGCACUAAGAGUAUAUACAUAUAAUCAUGGCUCGACUAACAAUUUCGUUUGCAGCGACCAUUGGAUAGUCUUUCUUCUCUAUCCAAAGUACAAUGAAGUUAUCGCCUUGGAUUCUCUCGACAAAGAUAGCAACACCUAUCAGGAAUUUCUAAGAAUUAUCGAUCUGUAAGUAAGAUAUUAGCAUGACGUGUUUUAACCUCUGAUGAAUGUAAAUUAGUUAUAUCCGCAAAACAAUGCAUUUAAAAGGUAUUACCAGCGAGGCGGACUAUGCAAAACUCAAGAGAACGCAUAUCCAUCCGCAAUAAGUGGCCGUGUCACAAGCAACUGGUGGGAACAGUACUAUGCGGAUAUUACUGUUGUGAGUUCCUAAGGGUUAAUGGGAAAUAUUGUGCGAAUUACGACGAGCUUCCAAAAUUCCUCAAGUCUGAAAGAGAGCUCAAUGAUACAUCCAUUCAGAACAUUCAGGCGGACAUGUGCUACUUCAUCCACCGUGAGUGCGCACAUCAGCUUGGGCAGUUUUUCAACAAGGAAGGAGUCUUAGCCCUGCCGGAGAACGAAUCCCUGUCUAACUGGACCAGGCGUAUAAUAUAGCUAGGGUUUUGUAAUUCAUUCAAAAUACUUGUAAAUGUUAUGUCGUUGGUCGAAUUUAAUUUGUCAAUGUACAUAUAUAUAGGUGCUUCCGAAUAUUUAUAUAUAUGUAUAUUAUUC